AUGUUUACGUGGAAGUGUCUUAUUUUUGGGGCUGUGCUGGUCAUAGCCACACUGUCCACUGCAAGACCAGCGCAAACCCUGCCAGAGCAAGCCAACCCUUUUUAAGCUGACCUUGAAGUGGAGUCUUAUUCGGCUCACCCUGGCGACCUCCUCCAGUUGCGCUGCCGGCUACGGGACGAUGUUCAGAGCAUCAACUGGGUGCGAGACGGGGUCCAGCUAUCCGAGAACAACCGGACGCGCAUCACAGGGGAGGAGGUAGAGGUCAGGGAUGCUGUGCCUGAGGACUCCGGUCUUUACGCCUGCAUGACCAACAGCCCCUCAGGAAGCGAGACCACCUAUUUCUCCGUGAAUGUCUCAGAUGCUCUUCCAUCUGCGGAAGACGAUGACGACGACGAUGAUUCUUCCUCAGAGGAAAAGGAGGCAGACAACUCCAAGCCGAACCCCAUCCCACCUUACUGGACGUACCCGGAGAAAAUGGAGAAGAAGCUCCAUGCAGUUCCUGCGGCCAAAACGGUGAAGUUCAGAUGUUCUUCUAGUGGGACCCCCACCCCCACCCUGCGUUGGCUGAAGAACGGCAGGGAAUUCAAGCCAGAUCAUCGCAUCGGUGGAUACAAGGUUCGUCAUGCAACUUGGAGCAUCAUCAUGGACUCUGUGGUCCCAUCGGAUAAAGGCAACUACACUUGCAUUGUGGAGAAUAAAUACGGAGUCAUCAAUCACACCUACCAGCUUGAUGUUGUUGAGCGAUCUCCUCACCGGCCUAUUUUACAAGCUGGACUCCCAGCUAACAAGACCGUCUCACUAGGUAGCAAUGUGGAGUUUGUCUGCAAGGUCUAUAGCGACCCUCAGCCCCACAUCCAAUGGCUGAAGCACAUUGAAGUCAAUGGAAGCAAGAUUGGACCAAAUAACUUGCCUUUUGUUCAGGUCUUGAAGACAGCUGGUGUUAACACAACUGACAAAGAAAUGGAAGUCCUUCACUUAAGGAAUGUCUCCUUUGAGGAUGCAGGGCAAUAUACUUGUUUGGCGGGUAAUUCUAUUGGGAUCUCGCAUCACUCUGCAUGGUUGACGGUUCUAGAAGCUAUAGAAGACAAACCAGCUAUGAUGGCUUCCCCUUUGUACUUGGAGAUAAUCAUUUACUGCACGGGGGGCUUCCUCAUCUCCUGCAUGAUCGUGACUGUCCUCAUUUACAAGAUGAAGAGUACCACCAAGAAGAGCGAUUUCAACAGCCAGUUGGCCGUCCAUAAACUGGCCAAGAGCAUCCCCUUGCGCAGACAGGUCUCAGCUGAUUCCAGCUCCUCCAUGAACUCCGGUGUGAUGCUUGUGCGUCCCUCAAGGCUCUCCUCCAGCGGGACUCCAAUGCUGACUGGGGUCUCUGAAUAUGAACUGCCAGAAGACCCUCGUUGGGAGUUACCCAGGGACAGGCUGAUUCUAGGGAAACCGCUGGGAGAAGGAUGCUUUGGGCAGGUUGUACUAGCUGAAGCAAUAGGCUUGGAUAAAGACAAGCCAAACCGAGUUACUAAAGUGGCAGUCAAAAUGCUAAAAUCUGAUGCCACUGAAAAAGACCUGUCUGACUUGAUCUCAGAGAUGGAGAUGAUGAAGAUGAUUGGAAAACACAAGAACAUCAUCAAUCUCCUUGGAGCCUGUACUCAAGAUGGCCCGCUCUAUGUGAUCGUAGAGUAUGCGUCCAAGGGGAACUUAAGGGAAUAUCUACAAGCCCGUCGGCCUCCUGGCAUGGAAUAUUGCUAUAACCCCACCCACGUCCCAGACGAGCAGCUCUCUUUCAAAGAUCUGGUAUCCUGUGCGUACCAAGUGGCCAGGGGCAUGGAAUACCUCGCAUCGAAAAAGUGUAUUCACCGAGAUUUGGCUGCCAGGAAUGUGCUGGUAACGGAAGAAAUUGUGAUGAAGAUUGCUGAUUUUGGCCUGGCUCGAGACAUUCACCACAUAGAUUAUUACAAGAAGACGACAAACGGUCGUCUGCCAGUCAAAUGGAUGGCCCCAGAAGCCUUGUUCGAUAGAAUAUACACCCACCAGAGCGACGUGUGGUCCUUCGGUGUCCUCUUGUGGGAGAUCUUCACCCUGGGUGGCUCGCCGUACCCAGGAGUGCCAGUGGAGGAGCUGUUCAAACUGCUGAAAGAGGGGCAUCGAAUGGACAAGCCCAGCAAUUGCACCAAUGAAUUGUACAUGAUGAUGCGGGAUUGCUGGCACGCCGUUCCAUCCCAACGGCCGACCUUUAAGCAGCUGGUUGAAGACUUAGAUAGGAUCGUGGCCCUGACCUCAAACCAGGAAUACCUGGACCUCUCUCUACCAUUGGACCAGUAUUCCCCCAGUUUCCCAGACACUCGCAGUUCCACCUGCUCUUCUGGGGAGGACUCUGUUUUUUCCCAUGAUCCUCUCCCUGAUGAACCUUGUCUUCCCAAGCAUCCACCUCACCUUGCCAACGGUGGCCUGAAAAGGCGCUGAUGCUGCAACCUCUGUGGGACCCUUCUGUGCAUACGAGGGUGAAGUCUGUGUGUCAGUGAAUGAAUGGGUGUGUGUGUGUGUGUGUGUGUGUGCACAGACUCUAUCCAGCUGGGCUGGAGGGAGGACCACUGGAGGGCAGCCAUUAAAGAACUGCGAAAAGUCCAUUCCAAGUAACCAGACCUACUCACCACCAUCAUCUUCUUCAACACACUGCCAUCUGUUGCAAGCCUUAAGCCUUCCGAAGAGCUGCUCAUACAAAUCUUGUGAUCUGGGGUAGGAAGCGGUGUUUAAACAAUAACAAC